ACAUCAUACAUGCAUUGAUAUCUGUGAUAGAUCUUGUGAACCUAUCUUGUAAAUUUACAUAAUAAAAAUAAUUAAAAAAUCAAUUGAUUUUUUAAAUUAUAGCGUCAUUACAUAACAACAUGGCAGCAUUCAUAUGAACACGUGAUUGGUUAUUCUCGUACACAUUUGUCAGCUGUGCAAGUCAAAAUUUUAUAGGUUAAAUUCUGCAACUAGCGUCGAAUGUGUCACAAAAAUAUUACAUUGUUCGCAGUGAAGAAAAUAAAAUUUUGCAACUAGUGCCAGUGGCUAUUAAAAACAUUUGAGGAAUAAAUAUGUUAAAUAGCGUAAAACAUUCGUUGAGAUACAAUUCGAAUAAAUUUGGUUAUCAAUUGUUAGCAUACUUCUCGACAGAAACAACACUCAAGAGCAAUCUAAAGCAGCGAGAAUGCACACGGAAUGCACACCCGCACGCGUGCGGACAACCUACGUCCGCAACACAUCCUCACUUGAUCAAGCACGGCGACGUGCUUCCAGGUAUAUCGCUUCAGGAACUUAAGAGGAGACGUUCAAAAUUAGUAGAGAGUAUCAUGCUAACGACCAACGUCAAGAAUGUACACAGGCAGCAAAUAGUCGUCAUACCCGCGUCGUCCAAGGUCUACAUGUCGGACAAGAUACCAUAUGUGUUUCGACAGAACACAGACUUUUUAUAUUUCUCUGGGUGUCAGGAACCAGAUAGUAUCUUAGUACUCACAUGCAAGCAGGAUAAGUCAUCGUACACCAUAUUUGUGAGAACUAGAGAUGAACACUCUGAACUAUGGGAUGGCCCAAGAACCGGCGUUGAAAUGGCGACCGAGGUGUUCGGCACAGAUUACGCUCUACCAAUUGGAGAAUUGGAACAGUUUCUGACUUCACUCGUUCAAGAGGACAAAAGCAGCAUCAUAUGGUAUGAUCAUACUGAUGUUGUUCAACCAAUCUUGCAUAAGAAGCUGUGCCAAUUGAUCAAAUUGACGGAUAAUCAAAUAUUUGCUUCUCCCAAGAUCUUGUUUCAUCAAAUUCGCUUGAUCAAGAGUGCCUGCGAAAUCGAUUUAAUGCGAGAGAGCUGCAGAAUUGCCUCUGACGCUAUUGUAAAAACAAUUCAAUCUUCAAAGCCAGAGAUGAGCGAGCAUCAGUUGUUUGCCACUGUAGAUUACGAAUGCCGUAUGCGCGGAGCUGAAUAUUUGGCAUAUCCUCCCGUCGUAGCGGCAGGCAGGAACGCAAACGUAAUACAUUAUAUUACUAAUAAUCAAAUUAUACAAAGUGGCGACUUGGUCUUGAUGGAUGCAGGUUGCGAGUAUCACGGUUAUUCGUCCGAUAUAACGCGAACGUGGCCAAUUAGCGGAAAAUUUACGCCAGAGCAGAAAGUUCUUUAUGAAAUAGUACUCGACGUGCAAAAGAACUUGAUAGAGAGCCUGAAAGAAAUGCCGUCGUUGGACAACGCGUUUCGCCGCAUGUGUUUUCUUCUGGGAGAAAGAUUGCAAGAAAUCGGCCUGAUACCGAAAAACAUAGACGAGAAUAAAUUAUUAGCAGCCGCGUACUCGUACUGCCCGCAUCACGUCAGUCAUUAUUUAGGAAUGGAUGUGCAUGACACGGGAAAAAUAUCUAGAAGCAUAAGAAUACAACCUGGAAUGAUAAUAACAAUGGAACCUGGUGUGUACGUAAGUCCGAAAACUCCUUACGCACCGUCGCACUUUCACGGUUUAGGAAUCCGCAUAGAAGACGAUAUUUUAAUAACAGAAAACGGCCCAGAAGUCUUGACGAAAAACUGUCCGAAGGAGGUAGCGGAGAUUGAAGCUUUAUCAAGUUAAAAAUCAAGGAUCUAGUAAUUAAUACAAUUGUUCGAUGUACAUACAGUAGAUAUGUUGUAGAAUUAUUUUAUGCAACAUGGCUCUGUAUAUAUAGGUUUGUGUAUUAUAUAAUUAUAUUAUUUUAUUUAGUAUAAUUGAAAAUAAUAUAAUUGUACAGUACAUAGAAAGAGAUCUUCGAUAUUUUGCACUUCUUUUAUUUUAGGUGUAACAAACACAUUUUCUUAUAGAUACAUAUAAAGACAAAUUUUAUACUAUUCGAAAAUUGGUUUAAAUGGAAAUAUACGAAUAUUGCAUACUUGAAACCAGUAAAGUAUUACCAGAAUCAAUAACAGUAAAGUAUAUAUGAAAAGAGCUAACGUAAUCAUUGAUACUGUAAAAUUCGUAAAUCUAUGGCACAAUUAUACUGUUUUUAAUAACUGUAUCUUGAUUUACAUGGAUACAUAACAAAAAAUAUUAUGAAGAAAAAAUUAAAACCACGCUCUUUACAAAAUUUUUCAAAAAUAACAUUCGAAACGGAUUAAUACACUAAAAUAUGUAUUAAAAAUGUCGAGUUCUUUUCACGACUGUAUUGUGUUCUAUUUAUGUUAUGUAUACCAUAGCUUUUCAGUACUAGCAGUGAAUUUCGAAACGCAGUCGAUAUUAAUAACGUUUUGUUUUAACAAUGAAUUUAAUUGCAAUUUAUUGUUUUGUUAGCCGAAAC